GAUCGCAUAGCUGAGCCUUGUGCACUAUGGGGGUCUGCUGAUGGGAUCAUACACGGGCCAAAUGCGUAGCUGCUGCCAUCGGAGCUAAUAAGUGACACAUUGAGAUCCGUGGAGACAUGGAUGAGGAGGCUGCGGGGAAGCUGGAGGCGAACGAUGAUGACAGCUGCCUCCAUGUGGGGCUAGACAAGGGGGCUGCCGGCAUGGUGGAGCAGAUGAACCUUUCCUCCCCCUCUGAGGAAGAAUCGGGGGGCAAUACCCCUGAGCUGGUCCUGAAGCAGCAGGGGGUCAAGAGGCAUAACCACAAGCACAACCUGAAGCACAGGUAUGAGCUGCUGGAGACCCUGGGCAAAGGAACCUAUGGCAAAGUCAAGAGGGCCAUCGAGAGGUUCUCCGGCAGAGUGGUUGCCAUAAAAUCUAUCCGUAAGGACAAAAUAAGAGAUGAGCAAGAUAUGGUUCACAUCAGAAGAGAGAUUGAAAUCAUGUCGUCACUCAGCCACCCGCACAUCAUAAGUAUAUAUGAAGUAUUUGAAAAUAAAGAUAAGAUUGUGAUUAUCAUGGAAUAUGCCAGCAAAGGUGAACUGUAUGAUUACAUCAGUGAGAGGAGAAGACUGAGUGAAAGGGAAACAAGACACUUCUUUCGUCAGAUUGUCUCCGCAGUACACUACUGCCAUAAGAAUGGUGUUGUGCAUAGGGAUCUUAAACUGGAGAACAUUCUUCUUGAUGUAAAUGGUAACAUUAAGAUUGCUGAUUUUGGACUCUCUAAUCUUUAUCACAAAGACAAAUUUCUGCAGACAUUUUGUGGAAGUCCACUUUAUGCAUCACCAGAGAUUGUGAAUGGGAGACCAUAUCGAGGUCCUGAGGUUGACAGUUGGGCACUUGGUGUACUUUUGUAUACUUUGGUUUAUGGAACGAUGCCAUUUGAUGGCUUUGAUCACAAAAAUCUAAUUAGGCAAAUUAGCAGUGGAGAAUACAAAGAGCCAACUCAACCAUCAGAUGCCCGUGGACUAAUCAGAUGGAUGUUGAUGGUUAAUCCUGAGCGUCGAGCAACUAUUGAAGAUAUUGCAAACCAUUGGUGGGUUAAUUGGAGCUACAAAAGUAGUGUAUGUGACUGUGAUGUUUUGAAGGACUCAGAAUCUCCAUUGCUUGCCCGGUUCAUCAACUGGCAUAAUCGUUCUACCAGCCGUCAGCUUGAGGCUGAAAGCAAAAGCAAGUGCCUUUCAAAGCCAUCUGAAGUAUCACUUGAACGACAAAGAUCUCUGAAGAAAUCCAAGAAGGGAAAUGAUAUUACACAGUCCUUGGAGGAUGGUUCUGAAGAGACCACCAUAUCAAAGAGACCCAAGAGCAUCCUGAAGAAAAGGAGCAAUAGUGAGCAUCGGUGUCACAGUGCCGGUUUUAUUGAGGGAGUUAUUAGUCCUGUAUUAUCUCCUACUCACAAAACUGAAAGUGAUAAAGGGAUAAAUGAUGGUUGUUCUAACAAUGCCAGGGAAAUAGGAAAACCACUUAUAUGUGGUUCAAAACAGUCUACACCUUUGCCAAAGAAAGGCAUUUUAAAAAAGACUCAGCAAAGGGAGUCUGGCUAUUAUUCUUCACCGGAGAGGAGCGAGUCUUCAGAACUAUUGGAUAAUGAUGGAACAGAAAGUGGGGAUGCAUCUGAAGUCAUCAAUGAGACUAAACGAACUGUCUCUCACAGCCUUUCCUGUAGACGGAAAGGCAUUUUGAAGCACAAUAGUAAAUAUUCAAAUAGCAGUACAGAUUCCCCAAUGGCUAGCACCACCACAGAAUCACUGGUAUCAAUGGAACAAGGACUUCUGCCUGGGGAAGGAUUGUCUCGAAGCUACAGUCGCCCAUCUAGUGUUAUUAGUGAUGACAACAUCCUCUCAAAUGACUCAUUUGAUUUGCUUGAAUUGACAGGUGGUAGGCCAAACCGACAGAGAAUACGUAGUUGUGUUUCAGCUGAAAAUGUCCUUUGUGUUAAGGAUUUUGAGAGGCUUCAAAAAAGUCCUCGUCCUCAGAACCUGAAACGUUUCCGUAAUCGCUUUGCUGACAGCAGUUUUUCUCUGUUAACAGAUAUGGAUGACGUUACUCAGGUUUACAAAAAAGCUCUGGAAAUCUGUAACAAGCUCAAUUAAAAAAAGCAAAGUUAUAUAGAUCAUUACUUUGCUGACAGUGUAAAGUCUAGAAUACAAUGCACCACAGGUAAAUCAUGGCAACUGCACUACUCUUGUUUCUUCACAAUCAAACUACUUGGAAAACUGAAUUUUGAAUACUUUUUCUAAGAGUCAUUUUAUACUGUGGGGGCAUAAAGUUUGGCUAGCAAAAAAAAUAAACCCAAAUAUAAUGAUUUGCUUUCUAUUUUAAUAGGUACACUUUGUUGGGGUGGGAUUUAUAAAACAAAAGGGUAAUUUUUUUUAGUAUUUUACUUGAAAUAUCUUUUUUUUUUUUUUUUUUUUUUUUAAGCUUUGGUUACAUAGUUUAAUUGUUGAAACUCUGCUAGAAAUUUUGUUAACUGGAUGGAGCUUAUCAGGUAGAAAAGUACUUGCACAUAUUUUUAUUAUUAACUAAUUUAAAAAGUAUAGUAAUUAUUAUCUUUGUUUUCCUAUGAGAACAAACUACCUUGAACGGUAGGCCGUUUAUAUUUUAUAUAUUUAAUAUUAAGAUACCCAUAUUGUGUUGCCAUGAUCACUAUUCAGUUUUUGUUGUGGAUGGAGUAGA